AAUGAUAAUUUUAACAACUUGAAAUAAUUCUCAUGUUUGUUGUGUGGGAAUGAAAAAUGAAGGUGGAUUUGAGAAUGAGAAACAUUUGGAUCAGUACCUAGGGGUGUUAAUUGGGAAAUGAGCAAAUUACCAAAAAUACCAUUGAUGAGUAAAACAAAAUAGAUAAUAUUUGCAUUAUAAAGGUGUACUCCCGAUAUAUUUCCAUCACGAUUCAAACAAUUCAAUCAAAAAAAAAAAAAAAAAAACCAAUGAAUUAUCAAUCAAUCAUCCAUAAUUUUUCAAGUUGACCACACAGUUUACGCCUGUCAUCUUAAAAUUCUAUUCCCAUUCCAUAUACCAAACGCACCGUAAACGCAAAAUCCCAACACCAAUAUAAAACAUAAUUCUAGCCCACAUGCCAAAGAACACAAAAUUUAUGAAAUGGUCCAACGACUUCAAAGACUCAACUCCUAAGUUCGUGCUUCAAAGACUUAACUCGUGCCCAGAUGCCUGAGAAACAAAUCAAAGCAACCAUUCAUGGCUUUGAAGAUGUAAAAUAGGGAUUUUGUUUCACUUAAUUUGUGUUAAAUUUCACACUCUACAUUUUAUUUUAGAAUUAAAAUUGUUUAUUUUCUGGGGUUCAACAAGAUGAUGUCUCCUAAGCCAACUUCUGAGGAUCGUUACUCAGUUUAUUCCAGGCAAACUCCUCUUAGAAUAAUUCAUUUCACCGGGAACUUUAUGCGAAUAUGGUCAAUCUAUUCCAUGUACCAUUAUUUGUCUCAGUCAGAAUCUUCGGUUGUGCUAUAUAUCUUCAGUUGCUUGGUUCCAUCAUCCAUCAUGUUUCUAGUUUUGCAAAAACCUUGGAGAGGAAGGCCACUUUCCAACACACAGAUUGUUCCAUCUGUGAUAAAUGGAGCCAUAACAGCUCUGUAUUUCAUCCUUUGGGUGAAAGGAGUCAAAGCAUGUGGCCCUCUUCGAGCAAUUCUUGCAGAGUACUCAGGUGCUGUACUUGGAGUAUUAUCUGCAGUUCUAUAUGGGCGUAGGGGUCAUAUCUGGAAGAAGGUUGGUGGACUGAUAGCAAUGAUAGCUUCCCUCUACUUCUUAUCUCAAGGAUGGGCCAUGGCCACUUAUUCUCCUUUUUCAUCGGGAGAGAAUCUGGGUUCCGAUGCUCAGAAGGAAAAGGUAUUGGGAAUGAGGGAAAUGGCUGUUCCUAUGUUGGCAGGAAUAUUAUCAGCUUUCAGAAGAGUGAUUGCACGGCGUAUUUCAAUUAAGAAUCAGCUUAAGAGGCGCCUUCAUGCCAUUACCAUUGCUUCUGCUACAUGCUUCAUGUUUCCUGUUGCCAUGUGGGAUGUGAUUCUGGGGACAGCUCCUGAUAGCAAUAGGGAUCUUCCCUUUUCCACGUGGCCUUACAUAAGCACCAUCCUUUUUGGAGUGAUAUUGAUAUCCUAUGUUGAGAAUAUUGCAGAAGAGAGGUUGCACAUGGUGUUUUCUUCUCCUAAACACCUUAUGGUAGCUGGAGGAUGUAUCAUUGUAUUGGAGAUUUUGUACAAAAUGGACUUCUCUCUGGCAGGAUUCAUUAUUUGCUGCGCACUUCUGGGUUUUGGGAUAUAUGAAGCAACUUCUUUGGAACGUCCGAGGCGAGAUCAUCAAACUCUAGAACCUUCAGAGAAUUUAUUUGAGGAGGAUCAGAUUCAGAUGUCAUCACUGCCAACUUAAAGUAUGAUCAUGUUGGAAGUUCGCUAAUCAGCUAAGAUGUGGUUAUGCCGAGAUUGUAGAUACCUAAUUUAGGCCAGAAGAAUUUAGCUGGGACUGGGAGCUUGAUGUUGUAAUUCAGAUGGUGAAUUUCAAGAAAAUGUCAGUGUUUUUUAUAGGCAAAGCUUGGAGGCUUGAAAAUUGACCUGUGAGAUCAAACAAGAUAAAUUGAUGUUGGUCUGUCAAUGUUGGGAGCUACUUGUUGGAAAGAUAUUUUAGUAGUUCGGGAAUAUGCAGCGUAUGAAGAAUAUUGACUUGGCUGUGGAGCAACAUAUACUCAACUAGAAAACGUAGUUGUAGUUCAUUUUUUCCUCUUGACAAUAAGGAAAAGGGAAAGUGAUUUUAUUUUUGCAUCUCUUUCCUGUUUCUUGUAUUGCAUGGCAUGAUGUAUGAAUGAGAACUAAAACUUGACAGCAUUUUCCUUUGCACAUUUAACUACGGAGUAAUACAUUAGUUCA